AUGGCGUCCCUCGGCGUCGUGAUUGCACAGAUCUCCAGAAUACAGAAGGCCCUUGACGACGAAGCCGAGCACAAUGACGCAACCGCCCGUCGCGCUUCCGGGAAACCCCAGGCCUGCAUUUGUCAACUCUCUGCUAUUCUCAUCCUGCUGGUCGGGGCGUGGCGCUUCUUGCAACACCAAGAAGAUAUCUUGCGGGGUCUCACCAAGUUUUACUUUGGUGGUGUCUACCUCACUGGUGUUGUGGUCUUGCUGGCACGUCUCCUCUCACUGCUGUUCACCCAAAUUGUACACAAAGGCAUUCAACAAUACUAUAUCGUCAUUCAAUUGCUCUCGAGCAUGUCCGCAGAGACGCCCGUGAUUUUGUAA